UCUGAAGAGUGGCCUCGCUCGAAAGGUUGCUCUGGGAACCGACGAUAGGUGGCGGAGAACAUCUACCCACAAAGCUAUACGUUCGUGAUCACGUUCAGCUCGGCCACGACGGAACAUGCAUUAGCGACGGAGGUGAUGAUCACAGAAUCUUUACUCCCGGACUCGCCGCUACGAUUUAGCGCCAUUAUUUUGGUAUCCUCUAAAAUCAUCUUUGCUGAAACAGAGAUGAGUUUCUCAUCUCUGGCUGAAACCGUACCGUUGUGCAUCUUCAUACUCAUCUCUGGUACAGGAAAGUGUCUCACUCUGGCCAGAGGAAACUCUUUCAAUUUGAAGUAUUUUCAAAUGAAUUUCAUGGCUGAAGAUAAUAAGAAUUGUAUUUUCUGUAAAAUCUUGCAUGGCCAGGCACCCAGCGAAACUAUAUACGAGAGUAACGAUGUUCUGUGCAUCAAGGACAUCCAUCCAGCAUCUACGCAUCAUUAUUUAAUUAUCCCGAAGGUACACAUAGAAAAUGCAAAAGUUCUAAAACCCGAAGACGAGCAUGUUUUAGAAAAAAUGCUCGAUGCUGUAAAACUGGUGUCUGAACGCCAUGGACUCGAUCCAGCCUCUACUAGAACUGGAUUUCACUGGCCACCGUUUACCACUGUAAGACAUCUACAUUUACACCUUAUUUCUCCAGUGGAGAAUAUGAACUUUAUCAAGAGAAUAAUGUUCAAGCCUAAUUCCUUCUGGUUUGUCAGUACGGAAUAUGUCCAAUCACGCUUUCAAUCAUAAGGGCUACACCACCUUGAGAUUUUCAGGAAAUCAAUUUUGUUGCCUAGAUUUAUUAUUUAUACCUUUAAGAAUAUUUGAAUUGAAAUUAAUUAUAAAAAUAUCGAGAACAGUAACUCUUGAUAUAAAAGGCGACUAAAAAGCAGUUGGACGUCCUCAUUGGAGCACGAAGAAAUGGUAUCACCCGUUGAAUCGUUGUUCAAUGGGAAGAUAGAGGAAGCUAGCACCGGUACAUCAGCUAAAAAAUUAAAGAGCGGUGAAAGCGUUGAUUUUAAAGUCAACGCGUCUUUCGGGUACCAAUUAAUGAAUUUUGUGUCUGUUUUUCGUGCGUCGGUGAUAUAAACAUUACCGAAACUUCUCUUCGUCGUCUUGGUUUUAAACUAAAAGUUAAUUGUCCAAAAUGUUAAACAGUCCUAAUGAACUCAUGCCCGCUUAUAAAUGGUAGAGCAUAUGAUGUAAAUAGACGAUUAGUUUUUGCGUUCAGACUUCUUAGGUAUCUGUUUAGCAGGAAUAGACAAAUUUUGUGCAAUCAUGGACUUACCUAAAACAAUUUUUCAAUCGUUUUGCGAUAAAGUUGUGAAUAUCUUUUACGCUGCUACAAAAACUAUUUUUGAAUUUUUUAUGAAAAAUGAUCUUGAAGAGGCAAAAGAAUUGGAUAAUGCAGAAUAACUCACUAUUUCAGGCGCUAGAACCUGGAUGAAACGUGAUUUUGUUGUCUCUUAUAGGCGUUUCUACUCUCAUAUCAUUUUAUUCAGGAAAAGUUCUUGAUUUUAUUUUGAAAAGCUCAUACUGCGAAGCUUGUGAAUUUGAGAAAAAUUUGAAGUUGUUGAUGAAGGAAUAUAAUGAGUGGAGCAAUUAACACUCAGAUAAAUGUUCUGCCAAACACGAAGGGUCAGCUGGAAAAAUGGAAGUGGGUAGUAUUGUAGAAAUGUUCAAAAGAUCCGAAACAUUUAAUAACGUACGAUAUGGUAAUUAAGUUGGCCAUGGAGACAAUAAGACUUAUAAGCCAUAUGGGAAUUUUGCCUUGAAAAAAAAAAGGUAUUUAUAUGUCACGUGCAAAAGCGAAUGGAUACACAAUCACGCAAAGCAAAAAAAGAUAAUUCUGGUAUAGAUGGCAGAGGGAAGUUGAUAGUCAAGCUUAUUUAUGAGUUGACAGUUUAUUAUGGUCUUUCCAUUAGAAGAAGUAUAAAUACAUCAGUUGAAAUUAUAAAAAAUGCGAUAGAGCAACUUAUUACCAUAAAAUAUUCACUGAUGAAAAGCCACAGCAUAUAGGAUGACAAGUGCCCGUUCGGCGAAGACUCCUGGUGUUCGUAUGAGAAAGCGAAGGCCUCUGGAACUUUGGAUUCUUAUAAACAUAAAAAUUCGAUUCCUGUAGUUGUUCAAAAAGUAAUUAAACCGGUAUACGACAGAUUAACUAAUACCGAUUUGUUAGAACGCUGUUUAGAAGGAUCUACUCAGAAUAACAACGAAAGUCUAAACGCUGUCAUUUGAUCUACGGCUGUAAAAGUGUAUUUCAGUGACACAAAAAUUGUUGAGAUUGCAUCUUAUAUUGCAGCUAUUAUAUUUAACGAUGGAUAUACUAGUGUAUUAGAAAUGGUGCAAUUAUUAAAUCUUACAAUUGGCCCAAGCGCGCUGCGAUUAUUCGAGCACUUGGAUGCCCAGCGGGUAUCUAUAGCCAACAUGAGCGCCCAACAGGAGACCAAA